CUGUGCUGCCUAUCAUUUCUUUUCUCUUCUUCCAAAACCCACCAGCAACUUUCCUUUCGUUGCAAUUUGAGACGAGAGAGAGAGAGAGAUGGAGAUGGUAGAAGCAGCAGAAGGUUCAGGAAGAGGGAGAUAUGCACUGAAGCCAACAAGGAUAAACAGCGAGGACAUAUUGUUUUGCAUAGAUGUAGACACAGAGUCUCUGGUAGAAAUGAAAACUACCGGCCCUACUGGAAGACCUCUCACCAGAUUGGACUCUAUUAAGCAAGCUAUUCUUCUCUUCAUCAACACCAAGCUCUCCAUCAACCCCGAUCACCGCUUCGCUUUCGCGACUCUUGCUAAAUCGGCUUCUUGGCUUAGAAAAGAGUUCAGCAGUGAUGUUGAGUCCGCAGUUACUGCUCUAAGAAGGCUUGGAGCUACUUCAUCUUGUGGUCAAGCAGACCUCACGCAAUUGUUCCGCAUAGCAGCUCAUGAAGCAAAGAAAUCGCAUGCUCAAAAUCGGAUUUUAAGAGUGAUUCUUUUCUACUGCAGAUCGUCUGUUCGACCACACCACCAAUGGCCUAUAAACCAGAAACUCUUCACAUUAGAUGUGAUGUACCUCCAUGAUAAGCCUGGACCUGACAACUGCCCACAGGAAGUGUAUGAUGCACUCGUUGACACCCUUGAACAUGUUAGUGAGUAUGAAGGUUUCAUUUAUGAGACGGGGCAGGGCUUGCGUAUCCUCCUCCGAUACUUGUCUGUUCUGUUAUCCCACCCUCAACAACGUUGUCCACAAGAUGACAUGGACAUACCGAAGUCUCUAACAAAGAGAUCACCUGCAGGUGAUUCAGCAAAUGGUGAAGAUAGUGUUCCUGUAUCCAGCCAAUAAAACCGUCAAAAUGUCAGUUAAUGAGUUAAUGUUGCUUCUUAUCUAUGUGCUACUAAGCUUCAGCUGAAAGUGUAAGCCUUCUGGUUCUUUGUGCUGUUGAGCUUUAGUAGUAGUUUGUGAGAAUCUUCAGCUGAGAAUACUUAGUGUACCUAAACCUUCUACUGUCUUUUUGUACAAGUUUGUAAAUCCAACUCUAUGGAAUUUCAAAUGGAUAAUUAUCAAGAAAUUCGGUUCUCGUUCAUGUGA